CGGCCUCCUACACCGACAGCUCCGAUGACGAGACCUCUCCGAGGGACAAGCAGCAGAAGAGCACCAAGGGCAGCAGCGAUUUCUGCGUGAAGAACAUCAAGCAGGCGGAAUUUGGGCGCAGGGAGAUCGAAAUUGCCGAACAAGAAAUGCCGGCGCUCAUGGCCUUGAGGAAGCGCGCUCAGGGAGAGAAGCCAUUGGCCGGAGCCAAGAUCGUGGGCUGCACCCACAUCACGGCUCAGACUGCCGUGCUCAUGGAAACCCUCGGUGCCUUGGGGGCCCAGUGCCGAUGGGCUGCUUGCAACAUCUACUCCACCCUCAACGAAGUGGCAGCCGCCCUGGCUGAGAGUGGGUUUCCCGUCUUUGCCUGGAAGGGGGAAUCCGAGGACGAUUUCUGGUGGUGCAUUGACCGUUGUGUCAACGUCGAAAGCUGGCAGCCGAAUAUG